GGUUCGUUCGCCGCUAGCAUACGUUCGUCAACACCCGAUUCGCGCCCAGCCCGAUCCCUCCGAGACUCCAACCUCCGAGACUCCUCUUCCAGACGUUGCUAAGCCGCCCUUUUCGUGCUAUUUCGGUCACCUUCUUCGUUCUUCCGACCGCUUCCCACGGCUAUUCCAACGAGAUCCCUUAAUCGUCGUCUCCAUUUAGGCAUUUACUCCUCCGCUGGCUUUACCGAUUCCGAUUUCUUUCUCCCCGCGUCCUGUUGGUGAUUAGCAUGUUGUUGAGCUCUGUCGACGAGCCAUGGCAUUCUCUGCUUCACUCGGGCUCAGCUUUCCUCUAGUCACUUCUCACCCUUGCUCCCUGCAGUUGCUCUCAGGGCAAUCCAGCUUGAAGCAGAAUAGAGCACGAGGUAUUCCGGCUGUGAGGACGAAUUCUUGUUUUGUGAAGGCGGCCUUGGAUAGCAAGAAGCCGAGCGUCGUCAAUGGCUGGAGCGCGGCGGAGUCUGCUAGGAAUGUUCUGGAGAGACUGUUCGCUCAGUCGCGGCGGAGGCUUGAAGAACAGUCGAGCAGAGAUUCCGAUUCCGAUUUCUCCUCCAACGGUGCGAAUCCGGAGAUCUUGGAAGCUGAUAUCGCCGCCGUGCUGGAAGCUCUGACGAAGAAGGAAGAUGACCUUCACUACGCGGAAAGAAAGGUGGAGGUGGAAUAUGGCGAGCUUGAGCGAGCUAGGAAGGAGUUAUCGCGACGGGAAGCGGAAAUCGCUGCAGUUUCUGGUAAGUGCGAGAUGCUUGAAGCAGAGUUGAAGCAAUCGAAUCUUGAUUUGGCCUCUCAAACUAAGCAGAUUGAAGAUUUGAGGUUGGAACUCCAUGAGAGAGACCGCCAGGUCUCUGCAGCGCGCUCUGCUCUGUCGUUGAAAGAGGACGAGAUGGUGAAGAUGGAGAAAAAAUUGUCGUACAAGAGUCGGAAGUUUGCAAACCUGGACAUGGAGUUCCAAACCAAGGGCGACCUGCUUAACAUAGCGAAUCAAAUGAUCAAUAAUCAGGAAACUGAGAUUGAAGAACUCAGGAAUGCGAUUCGGGAGAAAGAGAAAGAGCUGGAAACUUCGGAAUCUCUGAGGAAACUCGAUCAGGAGAAGCUGAACGCUGCAGAGGAAAAUCUGAAGAAGCAGACGAUGGAAUGGUUGUUGGCAGAGCAGGACUUGAAGAAAAUGGCCGCUGAAGAAUCGAAUGAGCUGGUGGAAAACAACGAAACCCUAGAGCAUUACAGAAGGGUCAAGCAGCUUCUUGUUGAUGUGAGAUCUGAGCUCAUCUCUUCACAGAAGUCACUAGCAUUCUCCAAAAAGCAAAUGGAGGAACGGGAAUUGAUUCUGAAAAGUCAGCUAGCAGAGCUCGAGGAAUAUAGAUCGGGUCUGGCAUCACGUAUUACCAGCUUGAGGGAUGCCAAAAGAGAAGUGGAGAAGGAGAAGGCACAGCUCGAUGUUAUUGAGGCAAGGAACAAGGAGUUCCAACGAGACUUUGCAUUAGAGAAGGAGAUCGUUGAAGAGUUGAGGGUAUCACUGAGGAAUGAGAAGUCCAGUCUGGAGCAAGCAACCCGGGAGAUGUCAAUGGUGAGACUGGAACUGGAGAAGCAGAACAAAGAUUUUAGAAACUUGCAGGGUGUGCUUCCAGUUAAGGAGUCAGAACUUGCAGAGGCUAAGGUGGAAAUCCAGCGUUUGGGAUCCGAGAGAGAAUCUCUUCUGGUUGCUGUUGAAGAGAAAGAUUCACGGCUGGAAACUGCAAAGGAGAAACUAAAUGAAGUGAACCACCAGGUUGCAGAGCUAAGGAAGGUGUUAAACAGUAAAGAAACCCAGCUUCAUCAAGCAACUGCCAAGCUCAAUGAAAAAGAAGAACGCGUGCAGAAUAUGCAGAAUCAGCUGAACGAUACCAGGUUGAAAGUAGCCGAAGCAGGAUCUGUCGUGGAAUGUAUGGUGGAUCUCACGAAUAAACCCGUGCUCUCAGAUAGACAGACUAUUGAUUCCACGAUACCAGACAGACAGCUUGAGAGCGAACUCGAGUUUGUUAGGAAGAGCGAACUCGACUUGGUUAGAGAGAGCUUACGGAAUAAGGAAAUGGAGCUGAAGAAGAGGGAUGAGGAACUGAGAAGGCUGAAGGAAGAGAUGGUUGUAGAUGGUUAUGAUCUGAAGAAGCUCUAUGCAUUGGCACUAGAGAGGUUAGGCGAGAAGACCGUGGGCGAGCUAGGAAUCGAGAAGUUGCAACUGGAAGCCAUGCAGCUAGAAGUGGAAGUUGCAAAGGCAGAAUUGCAGAAGCUCACGGAGAUGAGCAGACGACUUAACGAGCAAGCCGGGGAGAGUCUCGAAGCUGAUACUGAUACUGUCCUGAAGGAGAUGACUCGUUUCUCAGAUCUGACAGAUCAGCUGGUGAAAGAGGCUGGCCUCGGUGAUAGUAGACGACUUGCUGAGAAAGUCGGAGAGAGUCUCGAACCUGAUACUGAUAUCGGAGGAAUCUUCCAAGGUGAAGAUACUGUCCUGAAGGAGAUGGCUCGUCUCUCGGAUCUGACGGAUCAGCUGGUGAAAGAGGCUGGCCUUGGUGAUAGUGACUGAAUAAACUUUGGUUCUGUGCAAAGCAAAUAACUGAGACACUUUGCAAUUGUACAUAUGUUGAGCAAUGGAGCAGUUUUGUAGUGUGUCUCACAAUACGUACUUCAGUAUGUGAUUUUGCAUAUGGUAGCCAUUUUUUGUUCAACUGGCUCAUUCUAGUCCAGAUUUGCCAUUGAAUGCAGUGGUUUGAAACUUCAAAUAGAUAAGAGGUCUGUCUGUUAUUUCUAGGGUUGGCGGUUUGGUUGCUGUCUUUUCGGUUUCAACAGAAACGAUUUUACCAGUUUAUCGGUUUCCCUUGAUGGGUAAAAAAUCGAUAAGCUGUUAAUGGUGUCGUUGAAACAAUUUUUUUUUUUUAAUAAACGG